CACUUUCUGGGUCGCCUGAGUCAGACAUCAGCAGUUGCUGGACAGUCGGUGUAUCGGAUACGGGCUCGCGACGCGAGUACAUCUGCUCGAGCGUGAGACACUGUCACCGCGCUUUGCAAGGCGACACGCCACAUGUCACGACCAAGUCAAUACUUCAAUGCCGAGACUGUUCUUACAUCUGCUACACCAGCUUCAGUGCUCUGCCUAGGUACUACACUACUACCAGCUCAAGCGACGAUCGCUCAGCUCUCCACCGACAUAUCCGUCACUCAGAGACUCAUGGCCGCCCUCGCUAGAAUAGCCAUCAUUACGCGGCUCACCGGAAGCAGCUUAUACUGUCUCACAUUUCCGGCAAGACACGGAAGCCUUAAGAGACACUUUGCACAGCCUUAACGGAUCCCGGAAGUACCAUAGCUUCUAGAAGCGAACUGCCUGCCUAACGGAGCCGAGAACGCAGGGCGUCUGACAGCCUUACGCGAUGUCAAAUCCUACAAGGCUACAACCAGGGGUUUGCAGCCUGAUCCAGCAACCCGAUCGGAGCUUGUAGUACUCAGAAGACAUAACCAGAUGACCGUGUUGUGUGUUAAUCAGAAAGCGAACUGUACUGCUCGUAUUGAAGAAUCAUCGUACCGACUCCCUCCUACAACAAACCCAAAAAAU